AUGGAUGUGGCCCUGGAAACUUGUGAGCCACCUGCACGCAUCGCUAAUGGAUGGCACGACCGCGUCUGGGAAAAUGAUUUCCUUGUUGGCUCACGUGUGAGCUACUCCUGUAAGCAUGAGAUUCCUCGUUGUCCAAACCCAGUGGUUGAAAAUGGAGAACAGAUCUCUAUAAGUGAAACUGAAUAUACAAUUGGAAACCGUGUUGAGUUUCAAUGUGAAUCUGGCUACAUCCUCGAAGGCAGCAAGUCGAUCGAAUGCCAGUCAAAUAAGACGUGUAAUCCUCGAGUGCCAUCUUGUAUUAAGGGUUAUUGUGUUGAUCCACCUGACAUUCCCAAUGCUGUUUGGAAGACUGAUGUUGGCACAUUGAUUCCAGCCGGGAUGGUGAUUAAAUAUGGCUGCCGCCCAGGUUAUGAGCUGAUCGCUGGAAUUAGGCAAGGGAAUGUAACUUGUCUUCAAAAUUCGACCUGGUCUUCAGCUCCGAACUUUUGUCAGAAAGUUCGUUGUCCAGCUCCAGAUGUUAACAACGGGACACUGAAACCGAUGCCUAGACCUGGAGAGGAGACCUAUGCAUUUGAGGACAGAGUUACAAUUGAAUGUGAUUUGGGGUAUGUUUGUGCCCAACCCCCGAACAUCUCUCACGGCCAGUACUAUGACUGGGGCAAGAGAGUUUUUGUUGUUGGCUCAUCGGUAACUUACAAAUGUGACAGAGGCUUCUCACUUGUUGGAAAAGCCUCCAUUCAGUGUGUCGCUGGUGAUGAGGUCACUCCAACCUGGAGCGAGCCGACCCCUCAGUGCGAAGAGACUCAGUGUCCAGUCCCACGUAUUCAACAUGGAAGCCUGAAAUCUCCACUUCCACAUAACUAUACGUACAGAACCAGUGUAAUGUUUCAGUGUGAUCUUGGUUACAUCCUCAGGGGCGCUGGUAGGAUUCAAUGCCAAGCUGAUGGCAAGUGGUAUCCGCAGCUACCCGUUUGUGACCUAGUUUGUGCCCAACCCCCAAACAUCUCCCACGGCCAGUACAAUGACUGGGGCAAGAGAGUUUUUGUUGUUGGCUCAUCGGUAACUUACAAAUGUGACAGAGGCUUCUCACUUGUUGGAAAAGCCUCCAUUCAGUGUGUCGCUGGUGAUGAGGUCACUCCAACCUGGAGCGAGCCGACCCCUCAGUGCGAAGAGACUCAGUGUCCAGUCCCACGUAUUCAACAUGGAAGCCUGAAAUCUCCACUUCCACAUAACUAUACGUACAGAACCAGUGUAACGUUUCAGUGUGAUCCUGGUUACAUCCUCAGGGGCGCUGAUAGGAUUCAAUGCCAAGCUGAUGGCAAGUGGUAUCCGCAGGUACCCAUUUGUGACCUAGGGAGAUGUUCCUACCCGCCAGUGCUUGCGUGCGCUGACAGAAGCGAUCACAGAGAGUUUCUAGUUGGUACUGUAGUGACCUACUCCUGCAAACCAGGUUACACACGCAUCCCUGGAGUAUCUCCUCAUGUGACUUGUCUUACAAAUUUUACCUGGUCUAAAAUCUCAGAACUAUGUCAGAAGACUCGUUGUCCAAAGCCCAUGGUUGAAAAUGGAAAACAGAUCUCUCCAGUGGAAACUGAAUAUACGUAUGCCAACCGUGUUGUGUUUCAAUGUGAUCCUGACUACAUCCUCAGAGGCAGUGAGGGGAUUGUGUGCCGGAGCGAUGGGAUGUGGCACCCUCCAGUACCAUUUUGUGAUAAAACCUGUGGCCGACCUCCAACUCUCACGAACGGGCUGCACAAUGGUGGGAUGAAGGAAUAUUUCCCCUAUGAAUCACAAGUGACCUAUAGCUGCGGAAACGGUUUAUCACUGAUUGGAGAGUCCUCCAUUUAUUGCACAUCUGAUGGGGUAAAUAUGAUGUGGAGCGGGCCUGCCCCGCAGUGCAAAGUGGUUCGCUGUCCGAGGCCACAGGUUGAAAAUGGAAGAAUGACGACUACAAGACAAGCGUUCACAUACGGUGUCACUGUUCGGUUCUCUUGCAAGGAAGGCUACCUGCUCCAUGGCAGUAGAGUGAGUCAGUGUCAGGAUGACAACGCCUGGAAUCCUCCUGCGCCAAGUUGUCAGCCCGUUCAGUGUUCAAAGCCAGACGUGCAGAAUGGAAGAAUGGUCAACGCAUUAGAUGAGAAAAUGUGGUACAAUGUAAAUGAAAGCAUUACUUUCAAAUGCUCUCCUGGGUACCAUUUUUCAGACCAUUGGUACCUGCCUACAACAGACAGCUUGAGCAUUACUUGCUCAGCCAACGGCAACUGGACAGCAUUACCCAAAUGUCAAAAGCAAAGCAAUACUGAAGAAUGCACAGGAGCACGUGAGAGUAAAGAGUUUCUCCAUUGUGAUGUGCCUCUGACAGAACUGAGAACCCUGCUGGAACUGAAGAAACUGUAUCUGGAGAUACAGAAACUGAAGCGGGAGAUUAAAAAGUUGCCUCGCCCCACACCACCCCCUUUUUUCUCACUUGUGCUGAGCACGGCGCCGGCUGCGGCUCGGAGCUCCCUGUCCGCCCCCGCCAUGUCCCCGGGGCUCCCCGGCCCCGCGCUGGCCCUGGGGCUUCUGGCGCUGCUGCUGCUGCUGCUGCCCGGGACUCGCAGUGACUGUGGGCCCCUGCCAAAGCUGAAUUAUGCUAUCCCCUCUGAUAUGGAUUGGAUAGAGGGCUUCCCUGUUGACACACAAGUUACAUACAAGUGCCGUGAUGGGUUUUUUAAAAUCCCUGGAAAGUCAGACACUGUAGUGUGCCUUUCAAACUCCCAGUGGUCAAACAUCAACGAGUUUUGUGGUCGUGGCUGUGAUGUCCCAACAAGGUUAAAGUUUGCUGCCUUAAGUAAGGACGAUGAGAGUAGGAAUUACUAUCCUCCUGGGAUCACUGUGAGAUAUACUUGUCGCCCAGGGUAUGAGAACAUCACAGAAAUGCUUCUUGUUAGUACUUGUCUUGACAACUUAACAUGGUCAGAAGCCCCUGAGUUUUGUAGAAGGAAAUCAUGUGGUCAUCCAGGAGAAGUACUCCAUGGCAGAGCUGUUCAUAAAACAGAAUUUCUGUAUGGUGCAAAAAUAGACUUCCUCUGUGAAGAUGGGUACAAAUUAAUUGGACGGCCUUUCAUUCAUUGUGGGCUUAAGGGAGAUGAAGUUGAAUGGAGUGAACUUCCAACUUGCCAAGCAAUUACUUGUUCUUCCCCUCCUUACAUUGCCAAUGGAACGUACGAUAGCAGGGGUGCAGAAAAUUUUGCUUAUAACUCAACAGUAACUUACAGAUGUGACCGUGGGUUCCAGCUUAUUGGAGCUGCCUCCAUUCAUUGUACAACAAAAGAUAAAACAAGUGGAAUCUGGAGUGGACCUGCUCCUAAAUGCAAAGACACAACUGCACGUGUCCUAUUAAAGGGAAAUGAAACAAGUGGUACUUUCUCAGGUUCUUAUAAUGUAUCCAGUAACAUGGUACCCGAGCAGCAUCUGAAAAAGAAAAUAAAAAGCAGACUGUAUUAUGUAUCACAAUUCCAAAACAAACAUUUCACCAUCACUUCCUCCCGUUCUUCCUCAUUUCCCAGAGGUGACCUGAGGACGCGAGGUAGUUGGAUUACUCCACCACUGUUCAGAUUUGCUGUACCCCUGUACGUUAAUCAGAACUAUUGUUCUGUCAGAAGAAAUGAAAGAUCUAUUUGCCGACAGAGUUACAUGGGAAUCUCUGGAGUAUUACCCAGCGCCACGUGCUUUCAAAACUUAAAAUGGUCAGAAGUCCCAGGAUUCUGUGGAACGAGAUCUUUGCAAUCCAGGAGAACAAGAGCAUGGCAGAGCUGCUGCUAUAACAGAUUUCCAAUUCGGUGCAAGAGUGGAUUUCACCCGUGAAGAAGGGAGAGGAUCAGGCUGUGGUGAAUGACUGACUGAGAGCUGCUGGCUGGAAACUGAGCAUCAAAGGGUAAUCUCAAACUUAUUCAAGACUCCUGCUAUCCCUAAUGGAAUAGAUGGCAGAAAUGUCGAAAGCUUUGCCUGUGCCUCUGCAGCAACAUAGAUGUGACUGUGCUUUGUCUUUCAUUGAAGAGGAUCCAUUUGUUGUACAAUGAAAAAACCAAAGUACUGUGGAGUUGGCCUGGCCUGAAUGCAAAGGCAACUAGCAUUUAGUAUUUGCCUCUCGUUCUACUGUCAUGCACCAGAAAAAGUAUUAAUUACUAGGCAAGCACCUAAAUGUGAGGAAAUUGGUUCUUUUAGCUUAAACAUCUCAAUACAUAUCUUUUUAAAACUGACCUUGUUGGAAGCUUAAGCUUUAUAGAUCAGCUGAUCCACCAUAAAUAACUUCUUGGGAGCAAUUCUGCCUCUCCUAGUGCCUGCAUUUUUUUUCCCCUUCCAUACUUUAAAGUUCUAAGACACAUCUCAGACCAGGGCAUGCCUACACUAUAUAAACUGCUACAGUGGCAUGGCUGAAGGGCUGCAGGCGCGCCACUUAGCGUAGACACUACUUAUGCCGACGAGAGAGGUUCUCCCAUCCACGUAGGUAAUCCAACUCCGCGGGAGGCAGUAGCUAGGUCAGCAAGAGAAUUCUUCUGUCAGCUUACUACUAUCCACACCAGGGGUUAGGUCAGCACAGCUGCCUGUCUCAGGUGUGAGAAAUCCAUGGCCCUGAGACAUAGUUCUGCUGGUGUAAAUUCCUAAUGUGGGCCAGCCUCAGGACCAUGCUUUCACCAUACACUUGAUAUGUUUCUCCUUUGCAAAGCCUAGCUCAAUGGUUAUGCCAAUCUGGAAAUACCAAUCCCCCAACUUCCUGGGGGAAAACAAAAAACAUUCUUUAAUCUUGCUUCAUGCGCAGGAGGAUAUUGAGACCUCUUGCUGAUUUUGUUCACACCAGUAUUUUCCACAAACGUUCUGGGUGAUCUUUAUUCAUUCUCCAAGAGCAAUUUGUUUUCUCUCUAAACAUCUGAAAGCUAAUUCCCACAGUAAACAAAACAAGUUAGGAGUGGCUUGAGUAGAUUUUCAGAGAGGGCCUAUAUUUUUAGCCUUGCGUAGAGAAGCAGCAUCAUAUGUUAGAUCCUAGCCACAUGGAGCUCAUGGGUUUGUAGACUUUAAGGGUCUAAACUCUCUACCACUUGUGUAGUAUAGUGAGCAAACCAUGCACUUCUAUUGCAUUCUUUGAGUGUCAUCCAGAUUAUUUGAUGUGUGGAGUUGUCAUCCUGUUACUUAGAUUUGUUAGUAUGAAGACCAUGGAUGUAGUCCUGAAUUAUAAAACCCUGAUUUGUCACAUGGUCAUCCUUCCCCUUGAUAAAACUAAAAGGCAUGUUUACUGCCCCAUGAAAUUUGUGUAAGGUAAAUUUUGUAAAUGUUGGAAAUCAAAGUUAAAGGAAAAAGCACUGAGUUAAUUUGGUGGUCCCCAAACUGUGUUGCCUGCAUGACCCCAUUUUCAGACUUGAUUGCUCCAGCGAUCCCAGACAGCAUAGGGGAUGCUAUUUUGUAGAGCAAAAUGGAGUCCUUCACACAUGGGAUUGUGACCCAACUGCUGCUGGCAUGACCUCACGUGGUGUCAUGACUCAUACUUAGGAAACUGCUGAGUUAAGAUACAAACCAAGCUCUUAUAGAUUAUCUAGUGGACUGACUUCAACUGAAUUUGGACACAUGCCUAACCUUUACAUUUUAAAUGGAUCUCUUCUGGCAUACCUCUUAUUCCUGGAAUUUUCUUUCCUUUCCCUCUUUCCACUAUUCCUUGGGUCAAAAAGCACCUAAUGUCCUGUGGAUUAAUACGCAAGGAUAAUCCUUGCUUAACAUUUUAAAUUGCAGUAGCUCCUGAAGGCAACAACCAAGUUGGGUCCUUUUUAUGCUAGGUGGUGUAUAAAUGACAGUCUAUGCCCUGAGAAGGUGUAUCUGACCCAUUAUUCACAUAUGUACAACCUUUUGAUUUGUGAAUGACAAUACUCCAAUGUUAUCUAUUUAAUGCUUAUUUGCAGUGCAUGCUGCACCUCCACUUUGAAGUUGAAAUGGGCUUAGUCGUCUUCUGGUAAACUGGACAGUACAGCUUACUAGAGGGGAGCCUAGACAUGUAUGAGAGAGCCCUUAAGAUCCCUGAAGAUUGCAGAAGAACUAUGCAAACAGACAUUCUGAUGCUCCCAUGAAAUUUUUACAAAGGACUUGUCUAAUCAGAACACCUUUCUCUUCAUGACUGAAACAUGAAAGAGCCCUGAAAAACCUGCCUGCCUUCAAUGUUAGAUAAGCUGGGAGCAGCUCCGUUGCCUCAUCCAUGCUGUACACUUACUGCUAAUUUCCAAAUAUAAUAUUUGGUAUAAACUAAAAUAUUAAUUGCUGCUUCCAUAUGUAUGGCUUGUUCCUGGAAUCUGUUAACUGAUAUUCAUGAGUUUUCUAUUUCAGGUGACUUUAAUUUCAUCUCUCUAUAUUGAG